UUUCUCUUUUAACACUACUUUUGCCUUUUGCUUUUUCUUAAUAAGUAUGUCCGAGACAUGUAGGUAAAUAUGUCUCGGUAUGAAAGUCUAUGUUAGAUUUACUAGAAAUAAGACAAUUCCAACACUUUUGAAUUAUCAAUUUCUUUUUAGCUUGCUUGUGUGUUAACUACACAUCAUGGUGAGGUUCAACUUGGUCAUGAUUUGCUUUUCUUCCAUGUUAUAUGCUGUUAAUGCACUGAAUAAUGACGGGGUGGCUCUUCUGUCACUCCAGAAUCAUUGGACAUUUGUGCCUCCUUCCAUAAACUUGAGUUGGAAUGCUUCUGAUUCCACUCCAUGUUCUUGGUUAGGAGUCCAGUGUGACAAUAACAAUAGUGCAAUCUAUCUUAACCUCUCUGGAAACUCAAUUUCAGGUCUUCUGGGACCUGAAAUUGGACACUUGAGUCACUUGCAAACACUUGACUUGUCCUUAAACAACAUCUCAGGGAACAUACCCUCUGAGUUAGGAAACUGUAGUCUGCUUCAAAACCUUGACCUUUCUUAUAACAGUAUCACAGGAAACAUACCUGAUAGUUUGAAAAACCUGCAGAAUUUAGUCUCUUUCAGUGUUCCAUACAAUAGUCUAACAGGUCAAAUUCCUGAGUUCUUGUUUCAACUUCAACACUUGGAAGAUCUUCUCCUGAACCAAAACUCUUUCACUGGUUCCAUUCCAAUGAAUGUUGGGAACGGUUCAGAAAUUGUGAUACUGUAUCUGGAUCGUAAUCAGUUGUCAGGAACUAUUCCACCUUCCAUUGGAAACUGCAGCAAAUUAGAGGAACUGUAUUUGGACUAUAACCAGUUGCAUGGAGUUCUACCUGAAAGUGUUAACAAUCUUCAAAGUGUUGUUAAGUUGAGUUUCAGUAAUAAUAGACUUGAGGGUACCGUUCCAUUAUUAGGAUCUAGCACAUGUAAAAGUUUACAAUAUUUGGAUCUGUCAGUGAAUAAAUUUAGUGGAGGCAUGCCUUCAACCUUUGGGAAUUGCAGUGGAUUAAGAGAAAUUUAUGCUUUCAACACAAGUUUCGGAGGCAGCAUUCCAUCAUCCUUAGGCCAACUAACACAACUUUCUAUUCUUCGCCUUGAAACCAAUCAAUUUUCUGGUCAAAUACCUUCAGAAAUUGGUGAUUGUAGGUCAUUGCAAAUGUUGAUGUUGAAUAACAAUGAACUUGAGGGAGAAAUUCCAAGUGAAUUAGGAAAGCUGAGUCAGUUGCAAGAUCUUAGACUUCAUUACAACCAUUUGACAGGUGGAAUUCCAGUGAGCAUUUGGAAAAUUUCUAGCCUUCAGCAAGUGCAUGUGUAUUACAAUAACCUUUCUGGUGAGGUGCCUUCAGAAUUGACAGAACUCAAACAACUGAAAAAACUUGGCUUGUUCCGAAACCAAUUCUCUGGAGUCAUUCCUCAAAGCUUAGGAAUCAAUAGCAGUUUAGAGGAGUUAGAUUUCUCAUAUAAUCACUUCACUGGUAACAUUCCUCCUAAUCUCUGCUUUGGACAGCAAUUAUCUAAGCUAAUCCUGGCUUCAAAUCAAUUGCAAGGUGGUAUUCCUCCUGACAUAGGAACAUGUACAACACUGACUAGAUUAAGGCUUGAUGGAAACAACUUAACUGGAGCUUUACCUGAUUUUACAAGCAAUAGUAGUCUCACCUACAUGGACUUCAGUGGGAACAACAUCAAUGGAACAAUUCCAUCAAGUUUGGGAAACUGCAUAAAUCUUACCACUGUUAGUUUUUCUCACAACAAUCUUUCUGGGAUCAUACCCUUUGGGCUAGGAAACCUUGUGAACCUUCAAAAGUUGAACCUUUCUCAAAACAAAUUAGAAGGUCCUUUGCCACAUGAGCUGUCAAACUGUAAGAAAAUGCAGUACUUCGAUGCUGGAUUCAACUCUCUGAAUGGUUCAUUCCCAUCUAGUUUGAGAACUUGGACAGGGUUGACAACAUUGAAUCUAAGGGACAAUCAUUUCACUGGUGGUAUCCCAACUUUCUUAUCAGAAUUUGAAGGCCUUUCUGAUCUGCAUCUUGGGGGAAAUGAUUUUGGAGGCCAGAUUCCUAGAUCAAUUGGUGAGAUGCAAAAUCUUCUUUAUGAGUUGAAUCUAAGUGCUAAUGGGUUGACAGGUGAAAUUCCUCCUGAGAUUGGGAAACUGAAACUACUGCAAAGCUUGGAUAUUUCUCUCAACAAUCUGACUGGAAAAAUUGAAGUUCUUGAAGAUCUCUCUUCACUGAUUCAACUCAAUGUUUCAUACAAUUCUUUUUCUGGUCCUCUUCCAGACACACUAGUGAACUUGCUCCAUUCUUCUCCCUCAUCAUUCUUGGGAGUUCCUGGCUUAUGUGUUAGAUGUUUUUCCUCAAAUUGUUCAAAAAAUAACAGCUUGAAGCCAUGUGACGAGAACAACACUACAAAUAAAAAAGGGCUGAGUAAAGUUAAAGUUAUGUUGAUAGCAGUUGGAUCUUCACUACUGAUAUCAAUUCUGUUACUUGGUCUUGUUUACCUGCUAUACUACAAGCAAGAUGUGAAGAUUUUUCCCGAACAGAGAUCUUCAACUUUGUUCAAGAAGGUGAUGAAGGUCACAGAGAACCUAAAUGAUAGGCAUGUUAUUGGGAGAGGAGCACAUGGAGUUAUUUACAAAGUUGAAUUCAGUGUGGACGAAGUUUUUGUCAUAAAGAAAUUUCCCUUUGCAGAAAACAGAAAACUGAUCACUAGCAUGAGCACAGAGAUUGAAACCACUGGGAAGAUAAGGCACAAAAAUCUAGUGAGAAUAAAAAACUUCUGGUUAAGAAAGGACUUUGGUCUAAUCUUGUACAAGUACAUGGAAAAUGGAAGUCUUCAUGAUGUUCUGCAUGAGAAGUUUCCACCACCACCUUUGGAGUGGAAUGUGCGCUAUGAGAUUGCAGUUGGAAUUGCUCAUGGACUUGCAUACCUCCAUCAUGAUUGUGACCCUUUCAUAGUGCACAGAGAUAUCAAACCAAAGAAUAUACUUUUGAAUUCUGAUAUGGUGCCUCAUAUUGCUGAUUUUGGCAUUGCAAGGCUUCUAGACCAUUCCUCUUAUUCAUUGCAAUCUUUCUCUGUUCCUGGUACAGUAGGCUACAUUGCACCAGAGAAUGCUUAUUCACCAGUGAUGAGUAAGAAGAGUGAUGUGUAUAGUUACGGAGUGCUUUUGCUAGAGCUGAUAUGCAGAAAGAAGGUGCUAGAUGAUCCUUCAUUUAUGGAAGGAACAGAUCUUGUGGGGUGGGUUACAUGUACCUGGGAGAAAACAAAAGGCAUUGAUGGAAUUGUUGACUCAGGGCUUGAAGAGGAACUUUUGGAUUCAAAUUUGAGGGAACAAGUUGAAAAAGUGCUUUUGAUGGCAUUGAGAUGUACUGAUAAGCAUCCAGGUGAGAGACCAACAAUGAGAGAAGUGGUCAACGAGUUGAUGGAUACAUGCAAAGAUCCUGACACGAAGAAGAGUAGCCAAAUGUUGACUAGGACAUUCACUCUGUAAAAAGGGAAAAAUAGUUAAAUAGAUCAUGAGUAUAUAAAUAAUGAUUUCUAAUGUAUAGAUGAAAUUGUAUGAAUGAAUUUCUUUCGUGGAUUAAAA